UUUUCCUAUUCUCUUCUUGAUCAUGUUCUGUUGUUGUCUAUCUAGGUUGCAGGUUUUUUUCUUGUGCCGAACCUUGUGGUGUGGAUUUUAUUGUUCAUUGAUUUCUGAGGAGAGAUUCAUGUCGGCAUCAAAUGAGGAUAACAUCUCUCAACCACAAUUGUCCGCUCAUGUUUUUGAUGAGCUUCUUGAUUCCAUCAUUACUGAUGUUGCAUCUGAGUGUCACCGCGUAGCGAAACUAGGCCUUGAUCGUAAUUUAGAAGAAGAGGAAGAAGAACUUCGGUUGUCUGCACAAGCCCGGGCAACAGUAGCUGAUCCUAGCAACAGUAGUGAAACAAAUGGCAAAUACGUCGUAGAUAUAUUUGGGCAAACCCAUCCUCCUGUUGCAACUGAAAUAUUUGAAUGUAUGAAUUGUGGCCGAUCUAUCAUGGCUGGGCGAUUUGCUCCUCACUUGGAGAAAUGCAUGGGAAAGGGGAGGAAGGCCCGUCUUAAGGCAACAAGAAGUAGCACUGCUCAGAACCGAUAUACACGAGGCAGUUCUGCUUCAACCUACUCCCCUUAUUCAACUCCCACCAGCACGAGUCGAUUACCAAAUGGAAGUUCCGGUGUUUCAGGUCAUGAGUACUCAAAUGGCUCCUUAGAAGACUUGUGACAUGGCCUUGGAUGGAUGCAGUGGUGGGGGCUGAUUCAUCUUCAGGUGAAGGAUUGAACUGAGAAGACAACCCACUGUUGUUGCAUCCUAUCGUGCCAUAAGAGGAGCUGGUGGAAGUAGCUGUACUGGUCCGUCAUACAAAGCAGAUGCUGCUCAUAGUAUGGUUAGAUAAUAACUGUAUGAAAACAUGGGUUUCCCAUACAAAUGGUUUAUAGUACACAUUGACUUUCACAAGAGAGAUGAAUAGCAUUAGUUUAGUAGAGAUUAACAGCAUUGUAAAGGAGAUCUCACUGUCUGUCUCAAUAUUCUAGU